AUGUCAUUUGAAUCACUCAUCACCGAUCUUCAUCCAGAAGACUUCGUUAGGAUAUCUGCUAAAGACACUUCAGAUGCUCCAAGUGAAGAAGACGUCGAGAAAUGGAUAUCUGUAGGAGACGUGCAAAAGUUAGAGCAAAUAUUGUUGGACGGUCGCGUUCAUCUUUUAAUCGACAAGAAGACAGCUAAUUUGGAAUCUGAUGAAUUUCUUCAAGGAAUACAGCAGUAUCAGGCCAAAAUUGAUGCGAUUCACAAGGCUGUUGAAGACGGUGAUGUGAGACGUGUUAAGUCGUUAAUCGAUCGUCCUCAGUUGGCCACUGCACGAGAUACUUACGGGAUGACUCCACUGCAUAAGGCACUUCUACAUGGUCAAAUGAAUGCAGUUCGAUAUCUGCUAUCCAAAUAUCCGUCUUGCGUUAAUGCGGCCGAUCAUGCUGGUCGCACAGCGUUGCAUUAUGCGGCAGCUGAUCCAAAUGGUGAACACAUGAUAAAAGUAUUACAAAAAGCUGGUGGAGAUGCGUUCAUCGAAGAUAAGGGAGGGAAAAUUGCGCUCAAAACUAGCAUUUAUUUGCGUUUGGAAAAAAAAUCACGUUAUUCUGUUCAGCACGGUCACACACCGUUCUAUUAUCGAACGCAUGGUCGACAUCUGAACGUACGAACGUUAAAAGAUAACGCUGUGAUGAAUCAACUCAUUUCCGGACAACUCAAUCGACCACUUCUUCAAGGCAUUUUCUCGUUCUCUUACACAAUUAUGGCAUCAACUCAUCUUGAAGAGGAUAUAACCGACUGGAUUCACACUGGUAACGUGGGAAAACUCGAAGAGUUGGUCUUGAAUGGAUAUGCAGAGUUGUUGUUGGGUAGAAAGUACGAGAUUGAUGAUCACGAUGCGAUCGCGUUCCUCGAAGUUCUACCGCAAUAUCAGGCUCGUUUCCCAUCCACUGCAAAAAUUCAAGCAAUUCAUAAAGCGAUAGAGAAUGGAAAUUUGAGAUCAGUGAAGCUGUUAACCGAUCGUAAGAAGGUGGCAUUGUGUCGCGAUGCACGUGGAUUGACACCGCUUCAUAAAGCGAUCGUGUUCAGUCGUGCGGAUAUCGCUAAAUUCUUGAUACGCAGUUAUCCACAGUCUGUUAACGCCAUGGACCAAAGCAAAAGAACUCCACUACACUAUGCUGCAGCGCUACGUGAUGGAGGCUACAUGUAUAAGGUUAUGCGAAAAGCUGGGGCCGAUCCGAACAUAUUCGAUUGUAAUGGUCGACCACCUAAGUAUUACCUGAAGUAUCCGGGCGAGAUUGACUUACAAGGGAUGCGACUCAGCACAAGGGCUGCCCUCAAGCAGAUACUUCACAGUCGUGUUGCUCCCUCAUAUUUGGAGUCAAGCAUGCAACAGUGGGUUCGCGAGGGUAAUGUGGCCAAACUCGAGCAGCUCGUGCUAUCCGGAUGUGGUGACUUGUUGCGGAAUCGUACAUCGCAUAAUCCUGAGGCGGCUGCCUUCCUCGAGAAUAUUGACACAUAUCUUGAACAAAUUGAAGCGGUCCAUAGAGCCAUCAAAGAAGGUGAUCUGAACAAGGUGAAACAAGCGAUCGUUUCGAAGAAGUUGGCAUUGGCUCGUGAUCGUCAUGGCUGUACGCCUCUGCACACGGCUGUCAUUCACGAACAGACCGAAAUCAUUCGCUAUAUUGCGGCAAAUUUUUCGUCUGUUCUGAAUGCACCCGACUAUAACAAACGUACAGCAAUGCAUUAUGCAGCAGCAGCACGCGAUGGAGGCCAUUAUUUGAAGAUACUGGGCAAAGCGGGUGCUGAUCCGAUUGCGGUCGAUAACGAAGGACGAACACCUGACUAUUAUCGUCGAAAUGCGGUGAUCGAUUUGAAAGUGCUGAAAGAACGAGACGGAGACGAUGAAGACGUGAUUGCGGAUGAACUCUUCGAAGAGACACCUCAUUUUGAGUCACCUCAAAGCCCUGAUUCGGUUUCGAUUGUUAGGUAUCUGCGUCGUUUAGUCAAUGAAAUUUCAUCCAGUUCAACUUGCUGGAAUAGUUGA